UUCUCUGCAGAAAGAAAGGGAUUCCGCUCACCAAUCCAGGAAAGCGACGCCUCGCACUCGUCGUUCAGUGGCCUGGCAACGGAUUCAGCGGCGCACCAUGUAGUCAGCAGAUUUUUUUUAGGUUCCGCUGCUUGAGUAGACACCUCUAACUGGAACAACGAGCCGAGACAUCUUUACAAACGACCAACGACGGGUCGCUAGUUCCCGCGUACUUUUCUCUGGCAUAAUAGCGAUUUUUUCUGAUGUUGGCGUUUUCGAGGUCCCUCGCGUCAGUAGGACGUACCGUGGGACCUCUGGGGCCACCAGUUGAUUGGCGACAUGUACCGGGGGCUUUCUAGCCUUCUCGCAACACCCAUCCACAAGAGGAGACACGAUUGAUGAAGUCGCGACUGACCAAGAACCGUUUUCAAUGCAAGCGACCCCUCUAACCAGUCGGAUCCAGCGCCUAGACUCAGGCAAGGCCCUUCUGAUUGAGUUCGCCAACGGCCAGAGGUUUUCUCUGCCAGCAGAGUUACUCCGAGUUAACAGCCCUUCGCCUAAAGGAGGAACCGGACGAGCUGGUGCUGCAGCUAAGGAAAGUUUCAUGCAGCAACUCUUUUGGGCCACCCCACCAUUCUUUUACUUCCUUGCCCCAAUCUCCCACCUCUCCACCCUCCCUUUUUCCCCUCCAUUUCUCCCUCUCGCUGUCUAUUUCUCUCUAGCUCGCGCCUCCUCUCCCCUCUCCACCUUCCCUUCUCUCUCUCGCCUCUCGAAAUUUCCCUGCCUACAUAUGGUCUUUAUCCCAGGUAGUGCUUCCACGCCUCCCUACAUUCUGUAUCUCCUCUCUUCCCCGUAUCCUCAUCGUUUUGCCUUCUCUUCAUGAGAGGGCCUAUGCACACGCAAUUCAUGUACCUAUAAUCAGUUUCUUGCUUGUUUGCAGAUUUUAGCUGGUCGCCGGUAUGUCCACGUUAUCAAAGUGGAGCCCAUAGGAAACUAUGCCAUCAGGUUAGCGGUGUGGAUGAAAAUCUUUUAUACACGAGCUUUUCCUAUUUGACACUAUACUAAUUAUUGCUUUCUGACCUUUCAUGCCCUGAUCCCCUUAGGCUUCAAUUUGAUGAUAUGCACUCGAGCGGCAUAUACACAUGGGCCAUGCUUCAUUCUCUGGGUAUGAGAAAGUAUUCUGUUGCCAAAGCAUACAUACAAGCAUUGCGUUCGAAAGGCCUUAGCAGGGACCCUAGGAAAUAGUAUUUGUUUGCGCUACCAUGUGAUGGGAAGGUGAAGCAUUAUGGUUUGGUGGAAGAGUUAACACUUAUCGUAUUUUUUACGUAUUGUAUUUGAAGAUUUUCACCCUGAUACG